AUGCCUUCAGAUGAAAUCAAAUCUGUUUAUGUGAGAAACUUGUCCCCUACUGUGUCUGCUUCUGAAAUUGAAGAGGAAUUGAAGAAUUUUGGCAGGAUUCGGCCUGAUGGUGUAGUCAUAAGAAGUCGCAAGGAAGUCGGAGUUUGCUAUGCAUUUGUGGAAUUUGAAGAUAUGAGUGGGGUUCAUAAAGCGGUCAAGGCAGGAUCUGUUGAAGUAGCAGGAAGACAAGUAUAUAUUGAAGAGAGGAGACCAAACAGUAAUAUCCCUUCCCGAGGAGGAAGGAGGGGCAGAGGUAGGAGUAACUAUCAAUCAGAGGCACAAAAAGGUCGUUUUGGUCCAAGAAGCUAUGGCAGGGGAAGUGGCCAAGAUGGAGGUGAAAGUGAGUAUAACAAACCAAGAGGAAAUGGUUUCUACAGACCCACUACCCGUCAAGAGAGGGGAUAUUCAGGGUAUCAAGGCCCAAGAAAUGGUCACAAUCCUGCCCAAUCAGCAUAA